CCUACCCUGCCCCUCCGCCCGUCACCCAUCCCAUCGUCACCCAUCUCGACCCUAUCUCGCUCCCAUCAACCUUCCCUCCCCUUCGAGUCGACUCUCGCCCUGCAGCUACGCAUGGCAGCAGUGGCUGUUCCGCCCUCCCCACAGUUUGCAGACGCAAUGGCAAACCGUCGCGUGCCCCUCGCCAACCUGCAACAUGCCACAAACUCGCCUUUACGCGCUCCCCAAGUCGGCGGGAAGCGGCAGCGCUCCACCGCCAGCGAGACACGCGAAUUUGCCUAUGGCCAGCCUGCCUCCAAGAAGCAUAUCAUCGAGGUCGAUGAUGCGGAUGCUCGCCGUUCGGGCCUUGUCCGCCGAAGUGGGGCCCCAACCACCGCCUUGACUAGAAAGUUGCAAGAGGCUCGUGGUGAGCUCAAGGCUGUGCCCAAGCAGUCCGACAAGACGCAAAGAGCCAACAAUGACAUGGAACAAAUUCGCCAGUGGCAGCGUCACUACCGGAAGCUGUUCCCCACCUUUGUCUUUUAUUUUGAGAGCAUUCCGGAAGAUGUCAAAUUCAAAAUGAUCCGCCAGACCCUCAUCCUGGGUGCUCGCGAGGUCAAAUUUUUCUCCAAGGAAGUUACCCAUGUCAUCACGGCCCGUACCAUCCCUCGUGAACUUGACUCCAGCUCAUCGUCGACGGCUAAGGGCUUCGUCAAUCCCCAGCUGGUCUCUAAAACAAACAUAUUCGACACCGCCCUCCAGAACUACAACAAGACCAGCAGCGGAGAUAUCCUGCAGAAGGCAAAAGAGCUGGGCAUGAAACUAUGGACUGUGGAUAAGCUGCAAAAGAUUCUCGAGACCCUGCUCAACCGCGGAACAGACGAGGAUGUUCAUGGCUCGCGUCAGGCUGCCCAACAACCCAAGGCGCGUCAGGGUGAUUUGCAAAAGUUGCUUGAAAAUGAAAGGUUGAACGGAACGUCCGACCGUGACUACUCGGUUGCAGCUCAGGACAUGAUUCCAUUGCGCGGCUUUUACGUAUAUGUUCAUGAUAUGGACGAACUUACUCGGCCCGUCAUGAUCCGCGAGUAUCCCAAGGUGGCUAAGAAAGAAGACGGCAAGUGGCCGCAGUUUCGAAUCUCAGGUACAGGAAAAUGCCCAUUCGUUGAGGACCGUGACCAUGCCCGUCGGCAGCAACAGGAAGAUGCUGAGAAGGCUCGGAAAGCUGCUGUCGCCGCCGCUGUUCCACGCACUCGAGCUGCAACUGCCAUACACGAAAGACGCGCGUUGAACGAGAACAACAAUCUUGCUCGCCGCUGUACUGCCCCGACUCCCUCCAUCAAGGAAGACUCGAAACCAUUGGAGCCACCACAACACGUACCUACAAAGCGUCCUAAUCCUGAUAGCAUGCCCCCAAUGUUUGGCAGCGCUCAAGCCAGCCUGCGUGCGAUGCCUCGAUUUAUCGGUGGUGAACCUAUUGCCUCUGGUCUGCAGCAGUCCAACAUCACGUCCGCUAUCCGCUCACAAGCCAUUUCUUCCACCGCUGCUGGCCCAGGUGCUCGAGCAGGCAACAGCAAAGAGGUCAAUCAACUCAAGAGGAAAGUUUUGGAGAAGAACAGCGCUCCGUCUGCCAACACCAACAGUGGUCAAUCGUCUACCAUGAAUGACGCACAGAUCAGGGCAGCUCUCAGCCAGGAAGCAGCAUCCCAACCAAUUCGCGCUGCCAAACGCAGGGCUCAGGAAUCCCUCGGUGGCAUCCGUGAAGAUGGGGAAGGCGCUCGCAGAGUGACGGUUGUUCGCCGCAGGAAGCCCGUGGAGAAGGAGCUGAAACCUGGCUACUGCGAGAAUUGUAGGGAGAAGUUCAACGAUUUCGACGAACACGUUGUGUCCCGAAAACAUCGCAAAUUUGCACAGGCUGCAGACAAUUGGCUUGAACUCGAUCAGCUGCUUGAGCAGCUAGUCCGCGAAUAA